UAACGGUUAUGAAUUCACGAGCAGUUAACACAAGGGCGACAAUCAAGCUUUGACCACAGUGUGGAGUUGUGGUUAUUGGACGGGCAUAUCUGCAGGCAAUGACACUUCGUUUGAUGUUCAUAUUUCUUAUAUGAAUCUAAAGAGCCGGUUUAUUUCAUCGAGUGUUUGCGGGAGUGUUGGUGUCUAUACCUCGAACCACGAAGGAAGGGGCCUAGUGUAUGAGAAUUUCAUUGAAAUGAUUUAGGACAAUUUGUUGGUGUUGUGUUAGGAGCAAUAUGUCUCGCUCAUCAUUUGUGCUGUUGUUGAUCAAACACGCGAGCUGGAGAAUGGACUGUCGCUAUAGAAGCGUCUCCACCCUCUUGAGGAAGUACCUGGUGCUGAUGGGCUGUAUCAUGUUACUGAUGCCGGUCUCUGUCUCGGUCUACUUCGGCAACUUCCUCACCUACCUGGCGUCCUACUACCACGCCCACAUGUCACGUGUCUACGUGUGGGUGGAUCCGCUGUGGCUGUCCUCCGCCUUUAAAAUCCUCCAACCCAUCGGGAUGAUUUUUGCUGGGUUCAUUGAGACCAAGUCGUCUUUGAAGACGGGGAUCUUGGUUGGGGCAGUGAUACAAAGUGCUUCUGUGAUCCUCAGCUACUGGGCGGUGCAGGAACCUCUGGCACUACUUUUGUGUUUUGGGAUAGCUCAAGGCGUGGCUGGUGGGAUUCUUCUGGCUUUACCCUACAAGCUGGCCGCUGAGACUUUUCCAGAAAAAAGAGGUUUCGCCUUCGGGAUCUUAUCAACCGGCCCUAGUAUCUUCCCCCUCCUACAUAUGCUACUGUCGUACUACCUUAUCAACCCAUCCAACAUCGCCACAGACAUCCAGAUCAACAACAUCCGUUAUUUCACUGACCCGGAAGUUAUUGAGAGAGUUCCGCCAUUUUUUCUAAAAAUAGGACUUUUCACAUUCGCUCUACAGCUGGUCGGGUUUAUCCUGAUACAGUGUAGGCGGAGAGAGUUAAACCCGUCUGACGAUGGGCAGACGGAGGAGUUACUUGUGGGUUCGAAACCAGGCGAGGAAGAGAAAGAAGAUUACGAUAACAUUGCAGGUGAAAUUUAUAAAGAAAAGGAUAAUGUAAGUGCUAUCAAUGAAUCGGUAUCUAGUGAAUCAAAUGUAAAAGACACAUACGAAAAAUUAAACGAUCAAACUAUCGUUGAAAUACGAACCGGGGAUGUGGCAGCUACACAGGAGCUAAAAGAAAAAGAAAUGUUUGAAGUAGGCGAGGUAAAGUCGGGUGACGAAAAAUCAAAAACGUGUUCCGAGAUCGUGGUGAAAGAUUUGACACCUCGAGAGAUGCUGUGCACUUUGACCUUUUGGAAAGUCUGGACUAUAUUCGCGCUGAUGGGACACACCUUCUUCAUCCACCUCAACCUCUACAAACAGUUCGGUCUGACCGUCAUCAACAACGACAACACCCUCGUUAUGACAGGCACCAUCAGCACCUUCGUCCUGAUGGUGUUCCGUCCUCUGGUCGGCUUCAUGUCUGACAAAUACGGCCUUAAGCCUGUCCUGGUCACCACCUGCGCUUGUUCCAACUUUUUCAUGACCAUGAUGCCCAUAUCACUCUACACAUUCCCACCGUUGUACAUCGUCUUCGUGGCUUUGGAGUUCUACGCAACGUCCUCCGUCAAAGUGUUUUACUACAUGACACCGAUGGCGCUAUUUGGAGAAAAACAUUUUGCGUCCAACGUCGGUUUUAUGUCUGCGUCACAGUGGGUCGUCUACUUCCUCGGUCCCAUCGUUGUCCCACCCCUCAUCAAAAGCAUCGGCUGGACCAACGUGUUUCUGACGGGCUCUGUGGCCGCCGCACUGGCGUUUUUCCUAAGUCUAACGGUACCAGAUCUCGAGGUCAAGAAGAAAAAAUAGUUCCAGAUUCAUGGGCUGAAAAAAUAGUUCCAGAUUUUUCUUGUCUAACGAUACCAGAUCUCGAGGUCAAGAAGAAAAAAUAGUUCCAGAUUCAUGGGCUGAAAAAAUAGUUCCAGAUUCAUGGCCAGAAUAUACAGUUUUAGAUUCUUGGCUGAAAAAAAUAGUUCCAAUUCUCGUGUAGAAUAAUAUAGUUCCAGAUUCAUAUAUGACAAGAAUGAUUCGCAAUAGUUCCAGAUUUUUCUUAAGUCUAACGAUACCAGAUCUCGUGGUGAAGAAG